AUGAUGGUCUCUGAAUACGCCACUUAUGGUGACCUAUGCCAAUAUUUAAAAAAGAAUAAAAAUAUGCGAUGGUGUGACAAGUUAUUCAUUUUGCGAGAUAUCGCCAAAGGUAUUGCAGUCAUCUAUGACACAGGGUUAGUACACGGCGAUUUGUAUACUGGAAACAUUCUACAUACAGAUAAUCGCAAAGUAAAAACUACUGGCAAAGUAAAAACAUAUGAUCACAAAGAAACGUACGAAAAAUAUCGUAACUCAAAAGAAUAUAAAAUGGCAUUGGUAAGCAAUAUUGGACCUAUGUUUCGUGAAGAAUUUUAUGAAAAACUCAGAAGAAAAGAAAGAGAAGAACCAAAAGAACCAGAAGAACCACGGAUUAAAAAUUCUAAUCUGCGUGUUAGUUCAUCUACUUUGCAUAAUUUACCUAAAAUAUAUGGCGUGAUUCCAUACAUGGCUCCCGAAGUGUUUUGCCAUAGAAAGUAUACAAAUGCUUCAGAUGUAUAUAGUUUUGCUAUGAUCAUGUCAGAGGUUGCAUCUGGAAACCCACCAUUUGCAGAGCGUUGCCAUGAUGCUUAUUUAAUAUUAGAUGUUAUUGAUGGUGUCAGACCAAAUGUUAGUGGUCCAAAAUGUUUUAUUAAAUUGAUGGAAAGGCCAAACAUAAAAGAAGUAUAUGAUCUUCUUCAGAAAUGGGCAGAAAACCUUGUAACAGAAGAUAAAAGAUUCACUGUAAAUCAAUUUUUACACGCAGAUCAUCAGGUAGAAAAAGAAAAGCAGCUCCAUUCGGAUGAUAUUCAUAAUGGCGCAAUAUAUACUAGUCGUCCAUUGACUCAAUAUAUCACAAGAGAAUUACAUGAUAUUCUUCAGAAAUGGGCAGAUGACCCUGUAACAAAAGAU